GAGUGGGCUAGACGCAUGGAUGAAGACCUUCCUCUCCUCUCACGCUCUUCGGCGGCUACCGAUGAAAGCCAAACGACAAAACCUUCAAAACGAACAGUGCGUCGGUACAUGACUGUGGCAGUGAUUCUGGUGGGCGCCUUCAUGAACUACCUCUCCAUCUACUUGCCUUCUCCUUUCUACCCUCAGAUUGCUGCCGAAAGGAAAGGCUCGAAAGCAGACACGGAAGUUGGUAUAAUGGUCGGUAGUCUUCAGCUGUCCGCCUUCGUCGUGUCCAUGUUUGUUGGAGGAUACCUAGACCGGUUGGGUGCCCGGUUCCUGACAACAUCCGGGGUUUUCUUAGUGGGCGGAUGUACAGUGCUUUUUGGUUUUCUGGAGUAUGUGAAAGAGUGGUCACCAUUUAUUGGACUUAGUAUCGUCAUCCGAUUUGUGAUGGGAGUUGGAGAAGCUGCAUUUGAUGCAACAUCAAUGGCUUUAUUGUUAGGCAUGUUUCCCGCUCAUACAGGUGCUAUGUGGGGUAUUUACGGAUUUGCAGAAACUGUUGGUUUUGUGGGCGGAGCACCGCUUGGUGGAUUGAUGUACCAUGUUGAAGGCUUUUAUUUUCCUUUUGUGGUCAUUGGUGGUAUUUUGUUGUCGUUUACACUACUUUUGUGGUAUCUACUGUCAGAUGUCCAUUCCCUAACUGGACUAGAAGGUACUGGUGAUGAUCGAGUUGGUGAUCAUGAAGCUGUGUCGGUGUGGCAGCUGCUGAAGAUACCAUCUAUAGUGCUAAUGCUGUUUAACGUGUUUUCUUGCUAUGCAGGCCUAGCACUUCUUGAUACAUCAAUGGCGACGUAUCUUGACAAAGAGUUUGGUUGGAGCGUGGCUCACAUUGGAUUGGUAUUUCUUAUUGGAGGGACAACGUGUCUUAUCUUAUCUCUUUUAAUUGGUGUAGUAGUGGAUGCCACUAAUCCACGCAUUGUAAUGAUCAUUGGGUUACUAGUAGAAGGAUGUGGAAUGAUGCUACUUGGUCCAUCGUUUGUGUUGUCAUUUCUCUCUCCUAAGCCGUGGUGUGUGUACGUGGCAAUGGUACUACUUGGAUUGGGAGUGUCUAUGAUUACAAUAUCUGCCGGUCCUGAUAUCACUCACAUCGCUAUUUCAAGAGGAUACGAAAAGAACAUGGCAUUGAAUGGAGCCGUAUCUGGAAUUGUGUUAGCAGCUUUAUUUUUAUCUGGAGCACUAGGUGCUCCCAUUGCUGGAUUCCUGACCGCUGCAUUGAAUUUUCGCAUCUCCUCCUCGAUUUUUGGUUUGUCCACUGUUCUACUGAUGAUUAUCACUGUUGUGGCCACAAUAGUCAAGACUGUUAUGUCUAGACGACAAUAAACUCUUGAACUUGAUGUUUAUAGUGAUAUAAUUAUAUUCACAAUUUGAUUGGUUUUGGUUUGUUUGGAUUACUAACAGUAGAAUGGAGAAAUUGUGUUAUUAAUUAAUUACCAGAUUAAACAGAUUGAUUAAUUACCAAAUCUAGUAUAUAUA